AAAACAUCAACCGGGAGAACAGUAGUGAUUUUAGUUUCAUACAAAAUGCCCUCGUUUGGACUUCGCAGUAGUUAAGAUCAAACAGUACCGUCAUGAGUGGUACAGUCCGACAGAUCACCGUCGCUACUGAUCCAGGCACCCCUUACUUCCUGCGAGUGGACUGGGCCUUAGACCCGGGUGCCGGAUUCACGUUGGCUCUCGCCGAUGGCAGCUCGGCGUGGAUCGGAGAGGUUUCAGAAGAUGAGGUGACGUGGGAAGCCAACAAUGCGGGCGCCACAAGGGAAAGAUACGUUGAGGAUCUUCUCCAAGCGCUAACGGGAGGGGAAGGAGAAAGGAGAGGAGGCGACAAGGCGGUCUACUCUUUCCUCUUCUCUCCGGAUCGCUGUCGCCUCUCGUAUCAGAAGAGCUGCAAUGACAUCUCGGUGCACUUGGGUUCCGUGGAGCUCCAGCCGGCUCCGGACCCACUAGAGCUGAACCAGAAGAUGAUUGGCCAGUCUCUAAAGCGCAGUACCGAUCUGCAGUCCAAGAAUUGCCAGCUGUUGGAGGAAAACUGUAGGCUGAACCGGGAGCACCAGAUCAUUCUCAGAGAGCUGGAGAGGCAGGCUGAAGAAAAAGAGAUGUUGGAGGACGGGCUGUACUCACGUUUUGUCAUGGUGCUGAAUGAGAAGAAGGCCAAGAUCAGGAGCCUGCAGGAUGUCGUCCGCCAGCUCCAUCAGACUGACGGCAAGCAGAGGGAUGAGGAAGGAAGACUAAGGGACGAGAACACGACUCGGGGUGAAGACGGCAGUCAGGACAGAAGAGAGGAGACGGUGCAGAGCAUCCAUGCGUCUCAGGAGCCGACUAUUCUCCUCACAGGUCAGAGUCCGGUGUGCCACGGCAUCUCCGUGGACCGGACCUUUUCCGACGAGGAAGAUGAAGAUGAAGAGCGGAGCCGGAAGCGUCGGUUGCGUCGCAGCCCAGAACCUCGCGAGCAGAAAUAAUAAAAAAAACAACCUCAGAUGACAACCAGGACUCAUGAUUGUGAUUCAAGCCCUGAAUCUCUGUUUUGUUCUCCUGAAAAAAGGUUUUCUUGAUCCCUCUCCAGCGAUGCGGCGAGCUGCUUUCGACUCGUCAACCCUCGCCUCAACACUCAGUGCGUUUACACGAUGGUAUAAUUCGAAUCUUGCUUUAGUCGGACUAUGCUAUCUUCUGGGGGAUCUGCUGUUAUCUCAAUAUACAUGGCAGUGAGUAAUUCGAAUCAUUGGCCUUUGAAAGCAUGUCAUAUCCGAUACGAUAGGUGGCGCUGUUUUCAUUACAACUCGUGCUGAUACAGCCAUUUCCGCUUGACCUCUUCACCACUACCAACAACAACAACAUCAACAUUUCGAGAAAGAACCAUGAACUUUAGUAUGUUCAACUCCUUCAACACAUGAAGCAUAAAUUCUGUCUGCUCUUCGGUCCAGACAUGUGUGGUGGCUCUUGUGUUCUCCAGAGCGUUGUUUGUUUGUUUUCUGCCAGCCAGGCUCCCGGCAGUGACAACUUAUCGUCUCUUUCGACUUCCGGGUCACGACAUGGGAGGGAGGGGGGGAGGAGGGCGGCGGGAUCUCAAGCAUGCGCAAAGACGCAAAGUCCAGUUCCUAAUCCAAUUCACCGUUACAUGCCGCGAGUCGAAUUAUCAACCGGAUCGGAUCGAGUUAUCCAGGGGUGUUAAUCGGAUCGUAGUCGGACCGCACAUAGUCGAACAAAGGUGUUUACAUGAAACGGAUCAUUUGAUUUCAGUCCGACUAAGCCAGUUAUUGGAAUGCAUGUAAACACGGUCACUGGCAACCCAAACGGGACAACCAGGAAACGAUGGGCGGAGGUGUCCCCGGAUUUGAUGCCAGAUUUUUUUUUGUCCCGGAUCGAGAAAGCACUUCUCAGAAAAAGCCGGAGCAUGUCACUGGCAUCUGGUUUUGCUUUAAGCGACUCUUACCUGCCGCAGCGCCGCGGGAGAGACUCGCCGCUUGACCGUCUCCUCUACGUCGACAAAUCAAAAGACGAGCGGCGAAUGACGCAAUCCGCUCCCAAACACUGCAGGCCGCUCGCUCCGUUCGGAGCUGCCAUCGGGACCUUUGCCCAGAUGCGUAAGUGGUCAUGUGAUCACGGGCACUUAACGCCCUCCGGUGCUUCCUCGGGAACCGCUAAUGCCGCUGAUGAUAUGUGGAGAACUCGGUCGAGGAGCUGGACCGGCGGUAUGGAAGUCGUUUCUCAAGAGUUGGACUUCGCCCCCGAACUUCAAGACGGCCCUCGACCGUGGCUCGGUAACUACUGAGGGACGACGGGUUACACCCUGAAAAUAGGGUGUCACCAACAACGAACCAACGCUGCUUUGUUGCUGCUUAUUCAUCAUGUCAUGCUGAUGUUUUCCUCCCUCUUUUCAUUAUGAAAAUAAACUACAAGCCAUCUCUUUCAUUUCCACUUUCUAAACUAGCAUUUUCACCUCCCCCUUGUUUCUCGAUCUUCAUCUGCCCUUUUAUUUGGUUGAUGUUCCGCGACCCCAGAACUUCCUGAUGGGUGUUUUGCAGAGGGGUUAACGGGGUCUUCACCUCCUCGCCUCUUCCGCUACCAGCUUUAGGUCCCGAGGUCAUCACAGUGUGUCUUCACACUGCAGUGAUGAACCCGUGGAGGCUGACUCCGGGUCUGUUUCCAACCAUUCUAGCUUUGACUUCUGGACCUGGCUGCUGCCUUUGAGGAUUUUGACGAUACCUAAAUGUCUGCUUGAAGACCGCGAGGUGGCCGCCUGGAUAAUCCCACGACACGCGCUUGCUGAUUUAGUAAUCCCCACAGGAAUGUCACACUCGCUCCUCUAUACAUCCCAUAAAUAAAGCAUUUCAUAAAGGGAAGCCCAGAUCAGUUUCUAAGGAUCAUUUACAGAUAAAUGCCUGACAACAUGCCAUGGAGGAUGAAAAGAAGUGUGAAGGCCAAGAUAGGAAACUACUGAGUAUUUCAGGUUGUGGUUUCAUUCAGAACAUAACGAUAAUGUCAUAAAGAUCAAUUUGUGUUGUUUUCUCAUCUUGGAUUAGACCUGGAUAUACAUUCUUCUUGUUUUAAAGAUAUUCUAAAUGUUUCAAUCAGUUGAUUUAAGAGUCAUUUUGUUUUGGAUAUCACAAAUGUUCCCUGGAAAUGUAUUAAUAAUGCAUUGAUUAAUAAUGUAUUAAUACUUGAAGGAGAAUGUAAUAUUUCAUGUUUGUCAAUGUCUAUUGGUAAAUGUCUCCCAUGACGAGGCGUGUUCAUUCCACACCGACUGAAAUAAAAGUUUCAAUAUUUGUGUUUUUUUGUGCAAGAGACCAACAGCAUGCAGCUAUAGCAUUCAUCGUCUUUAUAAAAGUAAACAAAUAAUUUAUGCUGAAAACCAGUAUGUGUCUUGGAUUAAACAUCUUUCUGUCAUUCAAUGUUUUAGACUGUACAAUAAAAACAUGAAAAAAAGAAAUAUCUGUCAUUAGAUGUUUUAGACUGGAUAGUAAAAACAUGAAAUAUAGAAAUAUUUUUAUUUAUUCGUUGUUUUUGGUUUUCUGGUGUAACUUUUAAAAACGUAAAAUAAAAUUAUUGAAAGAAAGAAAUAUCAAUCAACACUAUGAAGAUGUUUUAAAUAUUGUGUACGGACUAAGCCUCUAUUGAGUAUUUUACGACCUGAAUAAUACUAAUCCUUUUAAGAAUGUCAUCAUUAAAAAGUAUAAAGGAAUUAUUUUAAUUCCAAAAUAAGAUGUCAGUUUGCUUUUCUACAAAAGUAAAAACGAAGGAUGUUUAAUUGUUUGGAAACAAAAAAAUUGCACCUUGCAUGAACUUUUGCAGUGACACGUGGCUGUUAUGGAUAUUUCUAAAACUAUAUACAAGAUGCGUACAGUACAGCCACUGCAUGAAUAAUCUAAUUAUUCUUGAAUGCAUCCAGCAUAUUAAUGAGGACAAGUGAAAAGCUAUUGCAAGUGUCCAUUUUUUUAAAAGUCAUUAAUAAUUAAGCUUUAGAUAUCCAAUAUUAUAAAGCUCAGAUACAUUUCCAGGGAUACACUUGCUCUUUUGGCUCGUCAUACUAGAUUCACUUUAAUUGUAAACAAUCAGCAACUAUUUAUUUCAACGUUUUGUUCACAUGUGAUAGCAUUUUGGAAUAAAGCAGUGACCACCUGGUCUUCUAACGAGGACAAUUGCAGCUGAAAGGGUGAAAGGGUAGAGAGAGAGAGAGAGAGAGAGAUGGCUGGCUGUGCCAGGAGGAAAUUAAACCGCUCGCUUAUCAUCGUCAUUCACUUAUGGCGUGCACCUGUAGGAUUCCCAUCAUCCAGGGAAAUAACGGGAGUCUUCCUGCUUCCCUGCCAGAGAGCCGCGGUGAGACAGAGCGGCCUUUGUUGUCAGGCUGUUUUCUCACCGCUCCUCGCCCCUCACUGUCAAGUCUGAACCAGCGUCGACAGAGACGAGAUAUAGAAGCCUUGAGUUCAGCGUGUUGGCUGGCGCCAUCUUGGUUUCAUGUAACCUGAGCUGACAACAGGGUGGAAAAAUAAAAACAAAUUAAAAUAAAAAAACGAUUUUUAAAUGAUAAAAAGUUUACAAUACACCUUCAUGAACACUAAAAGUGUUCAAGUUGCAAAACGAAAACACGGACAGCUCCCAGUAGCAACACCACAAGGUAGCCACGCCCUAAAGCAUAUUCUUCUUUAUUAUCUCUGUUAAUCAAAAUAGGACCUUCAUCUACUAACCGGCCAUCAUGCUGUAUUGAGGAAGACUUGCCACUAUAGCCAUUGAGACCAUAAACUCUUCUUUCAAGUGUGAUUGCCUCAUUGACUUCUGUAUAAUCUGACUUUUUUUCCCAACCAGAUGAUUAGCCCCCUGCUGGCCAUUAGCAAUAAUGCAAGUUGAUUUGACGUCGGCUUCACUUUUUGGAACUGGAGGUUGCCACCAGGACUUACACAAUGGAUGUUUGAAAACUAAUUUGAAAACAUGUAAUCAAAUGUGAGGUAUUACUCACCUUUCAGACAUGUUGGACCAAUUGGUGACUGCUUCUACUUCUGAUUGUGCUAACUCAACCACAUUUUGCAGUUCAGUAAAACCAGUGGUACAAUAAACACAUUGUCAACGCUACUUCAUCGCUUGAUUUAUUUUUACAACUCACUAAUUGAAUUGGUUUUAUUGUGCCAGUUGUGUCAGACUGCAUUAUGUGUUCUUGCUCAUAGCGGGCAGUACCUCUGUCUCUGCACACAUAUGGAAGUAAAGCAGUGGACAAAACUCAGGGAAUAUAUGGUAUACCAAACCUGUAUGUGUGUCCAUCCGUACAUUUACAGUGCAACAGACCACGGUCGUCAACACUUUCAAACACUUUCCAGAUGUUGAACAUCCAUCGAUGACGUGGACAAUAAAUAGUGUGGUGCUUUUGAGAUAUCACUGCUUCAAAGUCACACAGAUGAGGGAGACUUUCUCUCUUUCACCAGUGAAGCAGUUGGAAAAAAUAAAACAUUUUGUCUUCUUUAUAAACUCAUGCGUAGAUAAAACUAUUGAAGCAAGCUUUAACGGUAACUGUUCCUAUUAUUUUAAUAAGUAUGAGAAUAUGAAUUGGAAGAAGUGCGUUGGCUUGUGUCAGCAUUACAUUUGUGUGAUGUGUUUUCAUGUGAGAGUGCUAUUUAGAAAUAUACAACAAUGUGUUUAAUUCCCGCUAAGCAAUUUUAAAUGUCUGUGUGUACCGGCGUAGCAUUUUAAUAGUGACUUAAACAGAUUUGUAUUGUAGUUAUUCUAAAAUAUCCUUUGUAAUGGUAAUUGGAAUCAAAGAAACCAAAAUGAAUUUCUAUCGUUGCCUUGAAUUUGUCUCAUGGCUGGGAAUGCAUUAUGAUAAUAAUAAUAUAUGAGAUUUAUAUAGCGCUUUAUAGAAAUCUCAAAGACGCUUAUUAUUAUUAUUAUUAUGAUAUAAUCCUGACUCUUAGUCAGAGACCAACGCAUCGCAGGCUGUCACACAUGUGUCUGUGGUUGAAGAACGGUGACACGCACGGCUUCAUGGGGACGAUGUCACAGAUCACACAUUCUGAGAUUGAACUUGUCAAUUAUGACUCAAAAUACAUUUUUAAUAUAAUUCAUGUAAAGGUGGGAUUAUAGCAGAAAGGGAGGAGGUUAGAGAAUGAAACGGUUCCACCAUGCUGCACUAUGGUAUCUGCAAAUGUCAAAGUCAUGUGACUUGAGAAUGGUCUGCUUCUGGUUAUCAAACUCAUUUGUAAAGACAGAAAUAUGGAGGGGAAAAAAGAAGCACUAGAAAUACAAGCUAGAGCAAACCUUGGUACCUCUGGAAUACUCGUCAGACCGUCUGACCGUCCGCCAGCUGUCACCUCCAUGACCGACACCUGCCUGUUGAUUGACACCUGGUCCAGAGGACUCCAGACAGUUGUGCUGUUUGUGCACUGGUCCUUACAAUGGCAGUGUGCAUUUUUUUAAAUUUUAUUGUCUUCCUUUUUCCUUUCAAUUAUUUUGAAGUUGUUCGGAAGUCGUAGAGACGAGUGGGCGUCUGUGUGUUUUUAUUAAAACCCAGUUUUGUGUAACAUG